AUGAUGCUUGAUAGCAGUGCUGCAGACGGCGGGAGCUGGUGGUCGGGGAUGUGGCGAUUCCUAAAGUCCUACACCUCACAUGUGGGAGGGGCGUACGUUGAGUUUGCCACCCCCCUUGCCCUCUUUUUCGUAUUUAACAUGGCAAUGGACAUGCAGGACAUGGAACGCUUUGGCCUCGCGUGGCUGCAUUACUCCCGCGUAGAGGACGAACGCGAGCGGGAAGAGAAGUUUCCGGCGUACGAGCCCGGCAGCGCACCGCAGCGCAAGCGUGUUAAGGCGGCCAGCAUAACGGAUUACAUCACCUCCACAGCGUAA